AUGGCCGACAUCACCGAUCAGCACGACCAGACCUCGCCCGCCGAGCUUGACGAGUCGCAGUCGGUUGGCAACGGCAACGCCGCCACAGAGAGCCGUGGCAUCAAGCGCCAGCGUCAAUCCGCAGGCGACGACGACGACGACGACGACGAGAAGGGCGGCCGUGAGCGUCGCAAGAUUGAAAUUAAAUUCAUUAGCGACAAGUCUCGCCGCCACAUUACCUUUUCGAAGCGCAAGGCCGGUAUUAUGAAGAAGGCGUACGAACUAUCGGUUUUGACUGGCACCCAAGUUCUACUCCUCGUCGUGUCCGAAACGGGCCUCGUCUACACCUUUACGACACCGAAACUACAACCGCUCGUCACAAAGGCCGAAGGCAAAAACCUGAUUCAGGCAUGUCUCAACGCUCCCGAGCCUUCUCCCGGCAACGAGAACGGCGUGGACGGCGGCGACCAGGUUGAUUCGCCCGAGGAUUCUGCCGCACAGCAUAUGCCUCCUCAAGGCGGCAGGCCGGGGAUGCCGCAGAACCCACACAUGCCGGGCAACUACAUGCCCAACAUGCCCCUUGACCCUCAACAGGCUCUCGCUUAUCAGAGCUAUGUGCAACGCAACCAAGGAUAUGGCUCGGGAAUGCCUCCGCAGGGAGGGAUGCCGCCCAGCAGCCACCAUCAGUCAUGA